UCGAAUGCAACAUCCAUCGUUCUUCUCUGUUUCAUCGAGGAAAACUAGGUUGAUAUGGGAGUUACUAGAAAUAGGUUCUAUAUCUGCUUCCUGUUCGUUGUUACGGAUCUCGUGUUCUGCCGCACGCUCUCAGGGGAUCCGGAUCCAUGUGAUUCAACGAAGCAGAUAGAAUUUCAGAAACUAAGAUCGGAUCAGAUCACCGUUCUAAUCAACGGUUACUCUGAAUACCGGAUUCCUCUUCUGCAAACCAUCGUGGCCUCGUAUUCUUCAUCCUCAAUCGUAUCAUCCAUCUUAGUCCUUUGGGGUAACCCUAGCACACCUGAUCAACUACUUGACCACUUGUAUCAGAAUCUCACUCAGUAUUCGCCUGGUUCUGCUUCCAUCUCUCUAAUCCAGCAAUCUUCGAGCAGCCUCAACGCCAGAUUCCUGCCUCGUUCCUCUGUAGACACUCGUGCUGUUCUGAUAUGUGAUGAUGAUGUCGAGAUUGACCGGAGAUCGUUGGAGUUCGCAUUUUCCGUGUGGAAGUCCAAUCCUGAUCGUCUUGUAGGAACGUUUGUGAGGUCACACGGUUUCGAUUUGCAGGGAAAAGAGUGGAUAUACACUGUUCAUCCAGAUAAAUACUCCAUUGUGCUGACCAAGUUCAUGAUGAUGAAACAAGAUUAUCUGUUUGAGUAUAGCUGCAAGGGAGGUGCGGAGAUGGAGGAGAUGAGGAUGGUUGUGGACCGAAUGCGUAACUGCGAGGAUAUACUGAUGAAUUUUGUAGCUGCGGAUAGGUUAAGGGCAGGGCCAAUCAUGGUUGGAGCAGAGAGAGUUAGGGAUUGGGGAGAUGCGCGUAACGUAGAAGAACAAGUAGUUGAUGAGAGAGUAAGAGAUGCAGGAUUGAGCAGUAGAAGAGUGGAACAUAGGAAGAGAAGAGGGAAGUGCAUCAGGGAGUUUCAUAGAGUUAUGGGGAAGAUGCCAUUGAUGUAUAGUUAUGGUAAAGUUGUCAACUCUGUUGGGGAACAAGGAUUGUGUCGUAAAGCCGGAAAGCUUGUGUUUUGUGACCGAGAUUGAACGCUCUCUAUACAGUAGUUUUUAAAUUCGUUAUCUUAAAAUCCUAAAAGGAUGUGCAAGUUCAUCAAUCGUAUACUGUAAUGGCAACAUGGAAACUAAAAGAAGCAGCAGUAGAGUAAAAUUGAGUUUUUCUA